AAUCUCUCAAAUGUAACUGUCACUUGGGCAGAGUUGGUCGAUGCGUUUAAAGGGAGUUGUUUUCGUGGAGAAUUUUUUGUUUGAAUUGAAAUUGUUAGCAAAAGUUUAUUCGUGAUAAACGUGAGCGGAACAAAACAUGUAUACGGUAUCAAAGGGACCUAGUAAAUUGGUGGCAAAAACAAGACGAGGAAUACCACAAAACUACGAAAAGUAUGAAUUGUUUCGCGAUCUUGGCCGAAAGGAAUGUGAUAUUACGAGUGAAUUCAGUGUACCGCGACCUGUGUUCCAAGCGUCCACAAAAUCUGCUGCAGUACAAUAUCUGAAGGCACAACAGCAGCAAUCACAUGAACAGAAUGUCACGCCGCAGCACGAAGAGCUCAUCAAAUAUAUCAAUGAUUCUUGGAAUAUGGUAGUUGCUGCUAAUCCUUACGAUGUACCUGGAUCACCUGAUAGUACGGGAUCGCAUUGUUCGCUGUCAUCCAAUAGCAGCACAUCCUCUGUAUCCUCUACAGCAUCAACCGCAUCUACACUGUAUUACAAUGAACCACCCAACCCGUUGCUAGUCGAUUUCAAACCGUUCGACCUCGAGACCUGGUGGGGGAAAAGAAUAUUCAACAACAUUACUAAAAGUCUGUGAAUUACCUCCACCGCUUACCUAAGCCAUUAUAUUUUAAGCGUUUAAACGAAUACCAAACUCUAGCGAUCAGUGACUGUGUCAUGCCGCAAAGCCGUCAUUUAUUCGAGGCUUU